AUGAAUGGCUUAAAGUUGAUGAUAUCGAAUAACAUACAUCACAAAUUCAUUUCUCACCCUCUGCAAAAACUCAAUCUUCGAGAACUACGUGAAGCGCUUGAUAAUCUCGAUAUAAAAUUUACUGAUAUUGAAUACAAUCGUCUCUUUCUUAAAAUCAAUAAAAAUCGAGACUUUCUCUGCGACUGGAAUGAAUUUAUAUCCUACUUGAUAUUUGGUUUCCAAGAAGAUGAUCCAAGUACCCAGAAGGAGGCACUCAUUCUACCUAUAUCGACUGCACCAGUAAUUAAAAAAUCUGAACAUCGCUCACCCAUUUGCUCUAUGAGUUUAUUACGCGCACAAGCAGACGAGAUGGACGAGGAUGAUGAGGGUAGCAAACAAAUAAAUCCUGCUCUUGAAGAUUCGCCAGAAGCUUGUGGUAUGUGGAUAACAGCUAGUCAUGAGGGUCAAAUACGUUUCUGGUCAAAUACACUUGAGCCGCUGCGUACUGGCACUUCGGAAAGUA